AUGUUUAACAAAAUGUUUGUGAUUCGAGUUGUUUUGGUGUCAUAUUUUGGCUUAGUGAUUUUAGAAAGUGUAGAGGCUGAAUGUAUACAUUCUUUCGAACUUUUAGGCUGUUAUAAUACAAAAAUUUCUCAAGAAAUUUUAAACGAAAGUUAUGAGAACUAUACCAUUUUAGUCCUAUCUAAAAUCAUCGAACCUCUUGAAAGGUCUUCAUUUAUUAAAAUGAAAAAAUUAACAAAAAUUACCAUAAAAGCUAGCCGAAUUGGAAUAAUAUAUUCUGAAACUUUUAAAGAUAUUCCACAUUUAGAAAGUAUAAAAAUGGAUGUGGUUAAAAUAGGCGAAAUUCAAGAAUCAGCGUUUCUCAAUUUACCUAAACUGAAAUAUGUAUCAAUAGGAUUUAACGAUAUUCCAUUUUUAAGAAAAGGUAUUUUCCGAGAUAUUUCACAACUUUACUCUAUCAGUCUUCAAAAUUCCAACAUACGUGCUUUUUACGACGUGCCAAACUUAAAAGAACUUUAUCUUCAUAACAACUUGUUAACUGUUGUGACCACAGAUAUGCUGUAUAAUUUAAAUAAUUUGAAUUAUCUAAAUUUGGCUAAUAACAGGAUAUCGAUAAUAGAAAAGAAUAGUUUUGGCCAAACUCCACAUUUAUUGUUCCUGAAUUUAGAAAGUAAUCAAUUGAAAGCACUUGAUUUGGAUAUAUUUCCUACGACCGGAAUGAAAUAUUUGCUAUCGAUUCGUUUAAAUGGAAAUGGAUUGAUGUAUCUGCCAUUCACAUUUUUUAAUAGAACAAUCAAUUUAGAGGAAAUUAGCCUGAGUCACAAUCCAUGGUUUUGCCCUUGCCUGAAAGAGAUCUAUGAGAUUUUAAACCUACACAACAUUAAGGAAUACUGGGCAAGGGAGUCCGUCAUAUAUCAUAUUCAAAGAAAUAAUAAGAAAACAACAGUUAUGCAUUCGUCGAGACUUCCCAUUUGCAUAAGCAACAAUGCCUCGGACAUUAUUUGUAUAAAUACAUAUAGUGACAAAUUAAGUGAAAAAUAUAUAAAGUACAUUGAAGAUUACGAAAAUUUUUUUUAG